GCACAACCACUUCACAACAGCCCCAGCCUGGCACGAUGCCCCUCUCCCUUCGAGUACUACUACCAUUUUCGCCACAUAUUCGCCCACUACACGCUGUCACGUACCUUCUUGGUGUUUCCCUCUUCUCAAUCUCCUUUCUCGUCUUCCUGAAUGCCGCACUCUCCUUCGUGCUAACCGAUCUCCUCCACAAGCGCUCGCGGCUCGGUGACAUUGUUGGCACCCUCGGUUUCGUUGAUGAGCUCGUCGCCAUCUUCGCCGCUCCGUUUUGGGGCGCCGUGUCCGAUGGGAAGCUCGGCACGCGCGGGGUAGUGGUGCUUUGCUACUGGAUUGUUGCGGGCUCUCUGGUGCUAUUCGUCAACGUCCCGACCGUCUACCCCGGGUUAUUGCUCGCUAGGAUGGUAUUCUCCGUCGGGGCGGCUGGUGUCGCGACGAUGGUCUCUGCGAUUCUACCCGAGAUGACGGCUGCAGACGGUGCCUCCAUACCUAGAAGAAUCGUAAUCACCCCGCCGAGCGAGAGUUCGCGUACACCCAUUGUUCGCCGGGCAGGCACCCCGCCAGUGCAGUCUGGUGGGAAACUCGCCGGGCUGGUGGGAUUAUUUACGGGGUGCGGGGCGUUGCUCGCGCUGUUGGUAUUCCUACAGCUGCCAACCCGAUUCGCUCAGUACGGGCGUGAGGAGGCGGUUCGGCGGGCGUUUUACACGGUGGCCGCGACCGCCGCGGGGGUUGGGACCUGGUGCUCUUUCGGCUUGCCGGGGCGGGGAAAGGGAACUCGUCAUAGGAGCUUUAGAAAAUAUAUGUAUGAUGCGAGAGUGUGGAUUUGGACCAAAAUCUGGGGCGGAUCUCCAGAAGCGCUGCCUUCCUUGCUAUCCCCACCAUCCCCUUCCCCGUCCACCUCUCCAACAUCCGGUUCCACUCAAGCCCCUCGCGGUGGCGGCUUAAGGUCCCUAAUAGCUGCAUUCAAAGCCGGUCUUACGGACUCCCGUCUCUCGCUCUCUUACCUAGCCGGCUUCGUCGCCCGUGCAACAUCGGUCGGAAUAUCACUCUUCAUUCCCCUCUUUGUAAACGCAUACUUUAUCCGUCAGGGCCUCUGCCUCCCUUCAACGCCUUCCUCGCCGACCCCGGAGACAUGCCGGCAAGCUUACAUCCUUGCCGCAAAGCUCACCGGCACAACGCAGCUAACUGCGCUCUUGCUUGCACCCGUGUUCGGUUUCUGGACCGAUCAUGCGGCGGCAAGCGAUGGGCGGAAUACCCCGUUGGUGGUGUCGGCGCUGCUAGGCAUCGUCGGUUUCACCGGCUUCGGAGCGCUGGUGUCUCCGGAGCCGCGGGAGAAUCCCAUGGUCUGGGUAUACGCUGUAUUAAUGGGCGCAGCACAGAUCGGCGGGAUCGUGUGUUCUCUUGGAUUACUCGCCCGUGCCGUCUCCUCUUCCCAUUCUGAGGGGGAGGGGGAGGAGGAGGAGGAGGAGCCACUACUUUCCGAGGCAGGAACCCCUAGGAUUUGUGACAGACAACAUGUCAAGGGCGGUAUCGCUGGGGUGUACAGUCUCUCUGGAGGAGUUGGAAUACUCGCGCUCACGAAACUGGGCGGGUGGGGAUUUGACAGUAUUGGGAGCGGGUGGCCAUUCUGGUUGCUUGCUGGGUUUGAAGGCUUGUUGGUACUUGCUGGUGUGUUUGAGGGGAUUUUCGGGUCUGAGGUGGGUGGGCAAGGGUAGGUUGAGAUUGUUUUUCUGUAAAUAGCUUAGGACACAGACUGGUGGGUAGAUUUUGGGCGUUCUGGACUCAGUGGUCUUGGCUUGACUCUGUAUGUGUUCCGAUAUCGUGAAGCAUGUUUUCCUUACAACCGUCGG